AUGCCGCUGCCCCACGUGCUCCGCCGGCCGUCGGGCAGCUUCUGUUUUGAAGCGGACGGCGCUGCCCCUGUGACCGCCGGGCAGCGCUCCGGUGGGUACCGCGGCUGGAGCAGGAGUCCCCCUGCUGCUGAGUUAGGCAGUGUGCAGCAUGGCUGUGUGUGUGAACAUCUCUCACCUCUAUGCCCAUUGCUACCCUCUAACCACCAUUUCAGUGUCAAUCUAGACCUGAAUGUAGUCAGUGCCCACUCCCAGCUAGUGGAGCUCCUCAGCCACCAUCCCGUAUGGCUGCUCACGACCUCCCAGUGCUUCCUCCCAGGAUUGGCCCUGAAUGGCCUAGAUGGGAUCACCAACCACAAAGAAAAAGUGUUGCUCCUUGUCCUGGAGGAGACUGGCCUUGCCACCUGGAAACAGUUUGUACAGUGCCUCUGCAUGGAAUGGGACCUCCCCCUGGACCUGGAGACACAGCUCAUGAGCUCAGCAGGAGAAGUAUGUAAAAGUUCUGAUUGGGCUGGGCCAGCCUGGUUGGCAGAUUCCCUAUUGCUGACCAACCAGCCUGAAUUUGCAAAUAGUUUUCUCCCUCUGAUUUCGCCUCUCCAGCUGCCCAAAUGCUUUGCUGGGGAGUCUUCCUCAGCUUUAAUAAUACGCCAUUCAAAAUCCUCAUUUGACAUGUUUCUGACUUUUCAACUUUCAGGUUUUGCUCGAUGUCACCAUCACAGCAGCUCUAUGCGUGAGGAGGAUGUGAAACAGCAGCAGCUCGAUGCACCUAAAAAGUACCAGCAUCUCCUCAUGGAUUCUGUCAGCCAGAGAUAUGGAAGCUGGAGAGCAGCAGGAGUAGCAGUGUAAGAACAAAUGCAGCCACUGGCUGUCAACCAAGCCCUUGUCAACCUUGUCAUUUGGCAGAGCAAAACCUCCUGCUUAAAAGAGGGAACAGAGGAACCCCAGAGUAAGCCAGAAGAAUAUGUGUGUACAGUGAAUGUAUCCGAUCUGUUUUGUAGUGUGGUCCCAUCAGGCACAACGAAGGCGAUCUUUUUGUCUGGUAAACCGGGUACAGGCAAGACCAUGCUAAUGCACAGCAUUUGUCAGAAAUGGGUUGAAGGUGACCUACCUCAGUUUCUCUUCACUUUCCUGUUUGAGUUUUCAGCAGCUGAAUUUAUUAAAAAAUUGACUCUGAAGGAGCUUUUGUUUGACCUGUUCCUUCAGAUAGAAGACAGCCCUGAUGCAGUGUUCCAAUACCUGCUGGAAAAUACCUGCUGUACACUGAUCAUCUCUGAUGGGCUGGAUGAGUUUGCAGCUAACAUGGACAUGUCAGGCUGUUCUGAGGGAAGGCCAACCCUUACUUCCUGUAUUGUAUCUGAGUUCUUUGCAGACCUCUGUCAUGGGAAGCUCCUGCCUGGGUGCACAGUGUUGGUAGCCAUCAGAUCUAUGAGACUACCUGACUUCUUAGUAACUACAGUAAAUCUGCUAGCAGAAAUUUGGGGAUUUGACCAUGAGAAGAUUAAGGAAUAUGCCAGCCACUAUUUUCAUCAGCAUUCAUUCAAAAAGCAAGCCAUUGCUCACCUGAAGAACAACAUUAAGCUUCUCAGCAUGUGCCACAUCCCUGCUCUGUGUUAGGUUGUGUGCAACUGUUUGGAGUAUUUGCUCCUUAAACAUCAGAUGAACGUGGAGCUUCCUUAGACUAUGACCCAGUUUUAUAUCAAAACGCUUCUCAUCUUCAUAAGUAAACAGCAGGGAGAGCAUGAAGGUGGUGAGGAGGCUAAGCUGCACUGCAACAAAAAGGCCAUUUUGGGUCUCUAUGAUCUUGCAAUGAAAGGGCUGGGAAAAAAGCUUGUAUUUUAUGCUGGAGAAACUCCAGAGCACAUGAAGAAAUUUGCUUCCUUACAUGGACUGCUGACUGCUUUUGAGGUGAAGAUGAGUGGCGCUUGCCCAGAGGUUGGCCAUGCCUUUGUCCACUUGAGUUUGAAAGAGUUUUUUGCAGCAUUGUGUCUCAUGGUAAGUAAGAGGGUGGACAAGAAUUACUUGAGGAAGAAGUUAUUUUUGAAGUCAAAAUGGACUUUAAAGAACAAGGCAAAGACCAGGAUAAUGGAGAGUUUGCACAUCUUCCUCUCAGGCCUGUUGUCAAAAGAACGUAGGACAUUUCUCAUGCUGCUAGCUGAACAAGAUGAAACUUGGAUGCAGGAUAAGCAGGAUGUAAUCCUGAUUCUCAGGAAACUGGCAGCCACUAAUCUGACAGGGCCUAAGGUCAUUGAGGUCUGCCAUUGCACUUUUGAAACACAGGACCUCAAAGUAGUCCAGCACAUCGGGAGCCUGCUGAAUUUCAAGUAUGAGUUCAAAAACCCCGGACAUGUUGGCUGUGCUUCUGUCAUGAACUUGGGCCAGGGUUUGACUCGUUUGGAUUUUAGAGGAUGUCUCAUGGACAUUGACUGUCUGGAAAUUCUGGCCAGCUGUAAAAUUGUAGAGCACUUGAGCUUCCAUAGUAGGAGAUAUGGCGACGACUUUGCUGCUGCUCUGUCAAAGAGCUUAAGAGGAAUAACAAGCCUGAAGACACUGAGAGCAUCACAGCUAAGAGGAUCAUUGACUUGGUCAUCACAGUGCCCUCAGCUUGAGGAAAUAAACUUGCAGGACAGUCGGAUAUGGAAUCUGCCGGUGAAGAGGGCAGUGGAUCUGUUCUCCAGAAUGGAAAAGCUGAAGAAAACAGAUCUGAGCAACCACAACCUUGCCUUGGCUGCUGUUCUCACUUUGGCAAAGGAAGUCAUCACUUGUCAGAACGCUACUGAGCCGCUUGCCAGUUAUCAAUACAUAUAUCAAUACAUGCUGUAUGUUGUCUCUUUAGCUCCAGAGAAGAGGUACUACAGGCAGCUAAUUCUCUAUAUUGCCUUUCUUAGUCUCAGUCAAAACCACCUCUCUGUUAAUGGCAUUUUCAGUCUAUUGAAGUCGGUAAGUACCUGCCAGAAGAUGAUGGAUGUACAACUCAGCCUUUGUCGUGAGACUUCAGUCCUGAGGUUUACAGGAGACAGAGAGUUUUCUCCCCUUCCUCCUAGGGAAGAGGCUGUGUGCAUCAUUGGUGACCAACAAUACGGAGAGGACAACCAGACUCCUACUACCCCACAAAAAAUAAGACUGACAGAUAGUCAUUUUCAAGCCAGUGACCUGGAGAAGCUGUAUGCAGUCCUGAGGGAAUGUAGCAGCAUCUCUGAGCUGGACCUAUCAAAUAAUUAUCUGGGAGAUGAGGGACUGCUGCAGCUGUUUCAGUUCCUCCAGAAUAUGAAAAGGUUAAGUUCUCUCAAACUUAAUGGCAACCACAUCUCCCUGGACUCUGUGUUUUUCUUAGCUCAGUCUUUAUCUACGUUGGAAGACAUUACAAUAAUGGACCUCAGCUUAGGACACAGCCAGGUGGUUCACAUAGCCUUCUGGGACAGAAUCAGAGUCACAAGUACCAGCAGAUGGAGAAGUGAUUUCCUCAUGCAUCCCAAGCAUGAAGCAGAAGGACAGUGCUUUUGGAAUGGCCAUCCCAGGGACUCCUGAUUGGGUCCAGAGGAUGUGACCAGGCUGUGCCAGACACUGGCUGGAUGUCCCCAGCUGACACAAAUUGAUCUGUCUGGAAAUCCAUCAUGUGACCAGAGCAUUGAGACAUUACUGAGCUUCCUGCUGUAGUUCUGUCAUCUGAAACUACUGAGUAUUAGGAAUAACACAUUUUCACCGUGUUGCGUUGUCCUACUUAUCAACUCCAUCAACCUGUGUGAGCGGAUCAGAAUGGUAGAAAUCCAGUCAAGAGAAAAUGCUUUUUUGCAUCUAGGAGCAACCAUGAGAAGCCUGCAGGGGGUAUUGUUUAAUCCUGACUGGCUGUUUUACCUCCUUGAACUUAAUCUGUAUCAGGGGCGCAUUUUUGGCUUUUCCAGGCUGACAUCUGGCAGUAUUAUGCCAGCUGGAAUGGAUUACUUGAUCUUGGGCUUGCAGAACUGCCAGGCCAUUAAAGAGCUCAAAGUCCCACUUCUCCUCAACUCUUGUCCUGCUCUCCUCUGCUCUGAGUGCUUGCAUGACUGCCCGUGGGUAGUUAGUUGUUCCUGUGUUACUUCAUCUUUUGGCUUGGGCCACAUUAAACUCGGCAGUGCUGCUGUUCCUAAGCUUGUGCUGGGGCUUCGUGUAACACCAUCUUUGAAUAGGCUUGUGUUGAACCAUAACAGUAUUCGUAAUGAUGGGUGCUGCAUACUCACAGAAGUCUUGACAAAUAUGCACUACAUGGAGAAAAUCAAUUUAAGCCACAACAAGAUUGGAGAUCCAGGCCUGAUAACUCUAGCUGCUGUCCUGUUGGAAAUGCAAAACUUGAAGAGAAUCAACCUUUCAGGGAACAUUCCUAGUUCUGCAGGAGGGGUGAAGCUGAUAGAAGCUCUUGCCUAUUGCAACCGUAGGGAGGAGUUACUGCUAUCUCAAAAUGGUUUUGGAAGCAGGACAGCAGUGAAACUUGCCUGCUGUCUGCCUCACAUGACAGCCUGAAGGUGCUGCAGGAACUUGCAGAACAAUAACAUUGGGCCAGCGGGAGGCAUGGAGCUGGCCAGAGCCCUGGUGGCAUGUGGGCUGCUGGAAGAGAUCAGUUUAUCAGAAAAUGAUCUUGGGGAAGGAAGUAUCUAUGCCCUAUCCAAGGGGCUGCCAUGCUUUGAACACCUCUGAAAGAUUGACUUGAAGCUCUGUGGAAUCACUGAUGAUGUUUCAAAAUCACUUUCUCACGUCUUCUGACAAUGCCCUUCCAUGGAGGAGAUAAUGGGAGUACUGUUGUGGAAUGGCCUUGGAGAUGAAGAAGCCCGAGAGUUGGCCAGUGCUUUCACAGGGAUGGAAAAGCUGAAGCUGUUAGAUCUGGAGAAAAAUCACAUUGGUGUUUGUGCCACAAAACUGGCAGAGGAACUUGUCAAAUACCCGGAAAUUCAGUUCAUAGGGCUGUGGGACAAUCCAGUGCCCAGGGGCCUGGCUGAGAAUUUGACAAGCCAAGACCCAAGAGUCUGCAUCUCCUUCUAGCAAAGAAGAGCUCUUGGCUGACUGGGAAUUGAUCUUCGCCCCCCACUGCCCUUAAAAAUGGCACUGAAGAAUCCAGGAGAUCAAAGCUGCUACAUUUACAAACUGUAACUAUUAGGUCUUCCUCUGCUGCAUCAAAUCAAAUGUGAACAUUUUGUGGUGUUUUGACUUUUGUGAGCUUUUAUUGUACAGAAAAACAAAAGACUGUAAAGAAUUGCUGCUGAGCAGGCAGUGUUCUUGGAAAAUUACUGAAACUCCCUUCAAGGGGAUGAGAUGCGUCUGCUCAGGCAUUCAGAAAGCCAAAAUCAUAUUUCAUUAUCUUUAAUCCCAAUUAAAACGCCUUAUAGGGUGUUCCAAUGGAAGAAUCCUCCAGGAGAGGAUGUGAAAUUAUUUAUGUAAAAUUGUAAACUGUUGACCCUGUUCAAAAUAUACACAACAGGCUGUUUUAAAAUGGAGUAUAACCAUGCAUGAAAUACCUCUAUGAUUUUUAGAUGAAAAAUGGUGGUAAGUGAUUUUGUUUGCUUCACAGCAGGCUCCGUUUCAUCCAGAAUUGCCUCAGUUUCAUAAUAAGAACUUUAGGACUUAAAUGUCAAACCAUAGUCCCCAGAUGAUCAGUGUUUAUGCUCUGAUGAUAUGGAAAGGCUGGUGUUGCCCUAAAUUUCAGUUAGAAACUUUAAGGUACUAUGGUUGUAAAACACUUUGUGAACCAGGGGGAAUCACCACAGUCAAACAGAUCUUUGUUCACCUCCCCUGUACUGUCUUCUGAUGCCAUCCCCUCUUCCAUUUGAAUUCGUUUAGGAGUCACAAUAUUUUAUUUUCAUGGACUCACAGACUGGUUUGGGUUGGAAGGGACCUCAGAGGUCAUUCAGCUCCAACCCUUUGCCACAGGCAGUGAUACCUUCCACUAGACCAGGUUGCUCCAAGCCCCAUCCA